AUGUCGGAUGUUAAGCGGUCAGUGUCGCCAGGGCCAGAAGCCUCCAAGAUUCUGAAGAAAAUCAAGAGGUCGGCCGAGCCUCUAGAUGAGCUCAGCGAGUUUGGCCCUUUGACCCAGGAGGACGUUGUUUACUAUCAGAAGGAGGCUCUUUAUAGGAUGAUGAAUCUCUACCGAAAUCGAAAUAGGCGACUCGGCAAGAGCCUCAAAGAUCUUGAAGAGAACUAUGCUCGAAUUUACCGGUGCUAUAGCAUUUUGAACACCUGGUGGGCUGAGAUUGUGGAGCAUUUCAAAACUCACGACAAAUUCGAGAUGAAAGCUGACGUCAACGAGCACGUUUUAGUUCCUGUCGAUGAAAACUUUGAUGCCGAUAUGGAGAAGCUGAAGGAGACCAGAAUAGCACUUAUCAACUUGAUUCAGCCCUUGUUAUCUCUCCCAGUUUCGGAACAUGAUGACAAGCUGGCGACGUUGCAGGAAUCUCUGGCCGGCUUGAGUGUUUUUAAAAGCCAGCUGGAGGACGAGAAUAAGCUAUUGCGAGACAAGAUCGAGGAACUGAAUCAGGAGCUGGACGUUUACAUUGGUCACAAGGAUCGAGCAGAGUCUAAGACUUUGGAGCGCAUAAGCGAUGUGAAGAAGGUGGAGGAACCAACAGUGAAAGAACAGACGCCCGAAAUCAAAAAGGAAAAUGGAGAGCCGAAACAAGAGAGCGAUGCAAACGUUGCUGAGUUCGAAAACCUGAAAGUAGAGGUGGAAGAGCUCAAGACGAGGAACAAUGUGAUCACGCAGCAGCUCGAAGAGAAGAUGAAGUUGAUACAGGAACUGGAGGCCAAGCUUUCAGAGCUUUCGAUCAAGCUUUUGGAUCCUUCGGAAGAAGAUCUAGAGAAGUCAUCGCUAUUCCAGAGUCUUUCUGCCAAAAACAUCGAGCUCAACACAGAAUUGAGCAAAGUGAAAUACGAAGGCUCGAAGACCGAAUCCCAGUAUUUGGCUUUGGAGUCUAGUAUAACGCAAAACCAGUCUGCUCUUGAGGAGAAGCUGCGUACAGAGAUGAAGAGCAACAACGGCUACAUUCAGAAGCUGGAAACCGAUCUGUCUAGGAUUCGCGCCGACAGAGACGAAUUGCAGGCCCAAAUUUCUGUGUUGAAGGCCGAAAAGGGCAAGAGCGAGCUGACCGAGGAGUACCGCAAGCUGAACGAGGUUUUGGAGAAACGCUUGGAGGAACUCGAAAAGAGCGUGAACAGGGACUACGAGGCCGAGGCUACGUCCAGCGAGGACAUAGCCACCCUGCAAAAACACAACUCGAUUCUCACGAUGGAGCUCAAGCAAAUGGAGGAGGCGUUCAAGCAGACGCGGCAGAUUGCGCAAUCGAAACUCCAGAAAUACGCCGAUUCUGACUCCUACAUCAACAAACUUACAGUCGAGAAAAACAAGGCAGACCAGAAAUAUUUUCAAGCGAUGCGGUCCAAAGAUUCGCUGACAUCGCAAAACAGGAUUCUCAACUCGAAUCUAGCCAAGCAGAACGAGCUCAUAGAUGUUCUCAAAGGCAACGAGAAAAACCUAAUGAAAAAGUUUGAGAUUGAGCAGCAGUUGUACGACAAACUGAAGAAUCUCGAGAUUGUGUUCAAAAACGAUCUCAACUUCCAGGUCAAUAAGAACAAAGAGCUGGAGCUGAAACUCAAGUCCACCACGCAGGUGAAUCAGGAACUACAGGCGAAACUGAAUCAGAAGAACGAGUCAUCGGCAGAACAACAGAAGCGCAUAUCUGGUUUGGAAGCCGAGGCCAAAGGUCUUUCGUCCAAGGUGAAGUCGCUAGAGUCUCUGCUGAUGAAGUACCGCACAAACAACCCGUCAGCCACUGCCGAGGACGAAGAGAUCAACCAGGCUCUUCUGGCGAUGACGAAAUGCCAAUUGUGCAACAAGAACUUCAAGAAUCUCACGCUCAAGGUGUGUGGUCACUGUUUUUGCGCAGACUGCAUCAACGAUAGACUAAGUUCUCGUAUGAGAAAGUGUCCCAGCUGUAACCAACAGUUCAGCAGCUACGAUGUGCUGACUAUCCAUCUAUAA